CAACAUCACCAUCAUCGACGCGCAGCCUUGCACCGAUCCUCCCGCGUUCCCUCGCUUGCUGAGUCACUGACUCACAGUCAGGUCAGGUCAGCAUUGUGAGUAUGUCGCAAGCAUGAACACGGCUCCAAGGCGCAGGACGACGAGGCUAUGCGCUAGCGUCUGCCUUUGAUCAGGUGGAGUACACCUGUUCAACACCGCCCACUCGUCUGGCUCAGCGUCUGAUGGCGAGCUUGAUCGGGGUUGUGGACGAGACGACUCAUAGAAGGCCUGCUGCCUCUGAUGUAGCUGCUGACCAUCAUGUCCCUCGCGCCUCGCAGCUCGUCCCUGACUCGUCCAGCCAACAUCGCCCCGACCCAAGCAUACACUCAACGCCUUUUGCGUGGCGCACGAGAGAGAAGCGCCUCUCACAACGGACUUGUCCUUCUCUAGCCAACUUCAGCAGAUUUCGUACCCCUCACCUACCGCACCAUGUCAUCCUGGACAUCCUGGCUUGUAGGCCGGCGAGACAACACUCAUGCGGCCCGCGACGCAAUCGUAGGGCUGCGAUCGCAGCUCUUGAUGCUGGAGAAGAAGGAAGAGCACCUCAACAAGAAGAUUGCAGAUGAGACAAAAAAGGCAAAGGCCAAUGUUACGACAAAUAAGAGGGCCGCGCAAGCCGCCCUUCGUCAGAAAAAGGCCUACGAAAACGAGCUCGACCGCAUCGCAGGCACGCGCAUGACGCUCGAGACUCAAGUCAACGCAAUCGAGUCUGCCAACAUGAAUCUGGAGACGAUGACGGCCAUGCGUCGCGGCGCCGAUGCCCUGCGCAAUAUCCACGGCUCAUUGAACAUCGACCGCGUCGACUCCACCAUGGACUCGAUUCGCGAACAAAUGGACCUCACCAACGAGAUCAGCGACGCCAUCAGCAACCCGGUGGGCAUGGGCCACGACGGAUUGGAUGAGGAGGAGUUGGGUAGAGAGUUGGAGGAGCUGGAGCAGGAGGAGCUCAACGAGAGACUCGUGGGAGCAGAGAGGGCACCAGUGCAUAGCUUGCCUUCGACGGGCGUGGCACAACAGCAGGCGGCAGGGCCGAGUAGGAGACCAGCGCAGCAGGUGGAAGAGGACGAUGAUGAUGCAGAACUCAAGGCACUUCAGGCUGAGCUGGCUAUGUGAGCGCGGAUGGGGAUUCGAAAGGAGCGUCGCGAGAGCUUGCUGGGAGCGGCAGGGUGGUAUGUACGGCGAGAUACGUUCAGGCGUGGCAGUGGCAAUUCCCUCUACUUUCCCCAUCUCCAUCCUGCACCUUCAGUCUGUAGAAUUUAUCACAUACUCGACCACCUCUGUCGUGCAUGUCUGCAUGUGAGGGGGCGCGCCGAGCAGACAUGCGUAGGGAUGAAGAAAGCCCGCUGAAA